AUGCUGCUCGCUUCGGCCGUGGUGGUGUGGGAAUGGCUCAACGAGCACGGGCGGUGGCGGCCCUACAGCCCGGCCGUCAGCCACCACAUCGAGGCGGUGGCCCGUGCCGGGCCGCGGGCGGGAGGCAGUGUGGUGCUGGGCCAGGCCGACAGCCGCCUGGCGCCUUACAUCAUCGACCUGCAGUCCAUGCACCAGUUCCGCCAGGACACCGGCACCAUCCGCCCGGUGCGGCGCAGCUACUACGACCCGUCGUCGGCACCGGGCAAGGGCGUCGUGUGGGAGUGGGAGAACGACAGCGGCUCGUGGACGCCCUACGACAUGGACGUGGGCAUCACCAUCCAGCGCGCCUACGAGAAGCAGCACCCCUGGGUGGACCUGAGCACCAUUGGCUUCUGCUACGUCAUUGACUUCGCCACCAUGGGCCAGAUCAACCGGCAGACCCAGCGCAAGCGCCGUGUCCGCCGCCGCCUCGACAUGGUCUACCCGCUGGUCUCGGGCACCCUGCCCAAGUCACAGUCGUGGCCGGCCAGCCCGGGGGCGGCCGCGGCCCCCCCGGCACCCACCUGCGCCUGUCCCCAGUGCCUCCUGGUCAUGAGCGUCAAAGCCGCCGUGUCCGCGGGUGGCCUCGGGGCUGCCACCCUGCAGCCUCGCAAAGCCCCCCCCACAGCCCCCGCAGCCCCCAAAGCCCCCGCGCCAGCCCCAGGGGCCAAGGCAGCCGACGGUACGGCCGCGGCACGUGGCUCGCUGAAGGUGCUGGCCUCCCAGGGGGGCCGGCAGCAGGCGGCCAGCACGCCGGCACUGAGCUCCGUCGUCUCUGCCGCCAGCCCCCCCGGCCCCGGCCCUGGCGCCGGCAGCGGCAAGGCAUCCCGCCCCGGCCUCGGCACCCUGAACCGCAGCCACCUGCAGCGCCUGGCCAUCGCCCAGUCCCGGGUGCUCAUCGCCUCCGGGGUCCCCACCGUCCCUGUGAAGAACCUCAACGGCUCCAGCCCCGUGAACCCCGCGCUGGCAGGCAUCACAGGGAUCCUGAUGAGCGCGGCGGGGCUGCCCGUCUGCCUGACGCGGCCGCCCAAGCUGGUGCUGCACCCACCGCCUGUCAGCAAAAGCGAGAUCCAGUCCAUCCCUGGCAUCUCCCACACCUGCCGCAAGACCACCAAGAAGCAGGCCAAGAAGGGUAAAACCCCCGAGGAGGUACUGAAGAAAUACCUGCAGAAGGUGCGACACCCACCCGAUGAGGACUGCACCAUCUGCAUGGAGCGCCUCUCGGCACCCUCCGGCUACAAGGGGCCCCAGCCCGCCAUCAAGCCCGACCUGGUGGGGAAGCUGGCGAAAUGUGGCCACAUCUUCCACCUCCACUGCCUGGUGGCCAUGUACAACAACGGCAACAAGGAUGGCAGCCUGCAGUGUCCGACCUGCAAAACCAUCUAUGGGGUAAAGACGGGGACGCAGCCCCCGGGGAAGAUGGAGUAUCACAUCAUCCCUCACGCGCUGCCCGGCCACUCGGACUGCAAAACCAUCCGCAUCAUCUACAACAUCCCCCCAGGGGUGCAGGGACCAGAGCAUCCAAACCCGGGGAAGAGCUUCACUGCCCGCGGCUUCCCCCGGCACUGCUACCUGCCCGACAGCGAGAAGGGCAGGAAGGUACUGAAGUUGCUGCUGGUGGCCUGGGACCGGCGCUUGAUCUUUGCCAUCGGGACCUCAAGCACCACGGGCGAGUCGGACACGGUGAUAUGGAACGAGAUCCACCACAAGACAGAGUUUGGCUCCAACCUCACUGGCCACGGCUACCCUGACAUCAACUACCUGGACAAUGUCUUGGCUGAGCUGGCGGCCCAGGGCAUCACGGAGGAGAGCCUGGCCCAGGAGAAGGACUGA